AUGCGCUUGAUGGGUACAAAUGUUACAAUUGGUAGAAGUACCAAAGAGCACCGUGCUUUAAGUGACAUCAAAACAUGGGUUGACAAAAAAGCUAUGACUGGUUUUGCUCCAAAAUUAAAAAUACCUGAAACAUUUUCAGAACAGGACCCCCCUCCAGAAUGUGUCGCCCGUCCGACAUCUGAUUCCCCAUAUGAAAAUCUGAUCCGUCCACUUGAAAUCCAAGAAAAACCCAGCACAUCUAAGUUUUACCACUUGGCAUCUGAUCCCCGAUCUGAUCAUGCUCUCUUUGUCAGUGAAGAAAGAAGCAUGCCCGGAAAUGAUUGUCACUCAGCCAGUUUAAGUCGCGGUUAUAAACCGGAGAGUUUCAGCUAUCCACAUACGCCUAAGGCAUGGCUUAGUAUGGCAUCUGUCUCCGCUAAAGGUCGUGGAUCUAGUCAUGAAUCUAUCAAGAUGGGUCUUCACGCGCCAGCGGCAGUAUGCAGUCAAGAAAAUGUUCGUCAGCAUUUGCUUCUAA